AAGCGAACCGACACAAGGUGUUCUGAUGGCACAGAUAGAUCUAGGCACUGACUUAGCCUACUCAAGCCUGCAGUGAAACCCAACGCUCUGCGGGACUCACUCACUCAGGUGAAGGGGGCGGAGUCAGCCGCUCGCGCACUGUGAAGAGCUGUAGUGCACGCGCGCCUCUGCAGAAUGCGAAGCAACCGCGCGCGUGUGUGGAGAGACUCGAGUGUAAUGUGCUAUUUCAAUUCUGGAGUAAUUUCAGACUGCUCUAAAUAAGUUUGUGAUGCUUUGAGCAGUCCUCAUCAUGUCUCAUGCCGAAGUUGAGUUCGCUGGACGUGGUUUUCCAGGUUUACCUGUUGAAUUAGAGGAGGACUGUCUCCCCAGAGUCCCAAUGCUGCGAACGCACUCCUUGAGCGCGAGGAGGAACUCAUACGUGCUUCAUAAACUCAGUGUGGAUAUUGACCCGCAAAUAUACACCGAGACACUCUCCAAAGCGCUGUCAUGGUCUUCUGAAAACAUAUUAUCAGAGAGAAGAACUGAGGAAGAUAAAACAUCUCCAAGUUCUCCAUCUUUGGUCUCCAGGCCAGAGUCUUCUACACCCAACGCCAACCCAUCAGCUCCAGAGGACUGGGGAAGCUCCGUCCAGACGCCUCUGUCCCCGGCCAGUUCAGAUUCGGACAAUGAGGGGUCCAAGGUCGAGCAUGUGGUUCCACGACGCCCAUUUGUGAGCAGACUGGAACAGGACGAGAAAGAGGACAUCGAGACCAAAGCGGUGGCCACCUCACCGGAUGGAAGGUAUCUGAAGUUCAACAUUGAAAUUGGGAGAGGGUCGUUCAAGACGGUCUACAAGGGGCUGGACACAGAGACCACAGUGGAAGUGGCAUGGUGCGAGUUACAGACUCGCAAACUGACCAAAGUGGAGCGACAGCGCUUCAGUGAAGAGGUUGAAAUGCUCAAGGGUCUUCAGCACCCAAACAUUGUGCGCUUUUAUGACUCCUGGAAGUCCACUGUGAAAGGUCACAAGUGCGUCCUGCUGGUCACCGAGCUCAUGACGUCUGGCACUCUCAAAACGUAUCUGAAGCGUUUUAAAGAGAUGAAACCAAAGCUCUUACAGAGGUGGAGUCGUCAGAUCCUUAAAGGACUUCACUUCCUGCACACUCGCACCCCUCCCAUCAUUCACAGGGACCUGAAGUGUGACAAUAUCUUCAUCACAGGGCCCACCGGAAGUGUGAAGAUCGGGGACCUUGGCCUGGCCACACUCAAGAGGGCAAGUUUUGCAAAGAGUGUAAUAGGAACUCCAGAGUUCAUGGCUCCAGAAAUGUAUGAGGAGAAGUACGACGAGGCGGUGGACGUCUACGCAUUUGGCAUGUGUAUCUUGGAGAUGACCACAUCAGAAUACCCAUACUCAGAGUGCCAAAACGCCGCCCAGAUUUACCGCAAAGUUACCAGCGGUAUAAAGCCAGACAGUUUCUGCAAGGUAAAAGUUCCAGAGUUGAAGGAAAUCAUUGAAGGCUGUAUCCGCAUGAACAAAGAUGAAAGAUACACCAUCCAGGACCUGCUGGAGCACACGUUCUUCCAGGAGCACAACGGCGUUCACGUUGAACUGGCUGAGGAAGAUGAUAUGGUCAAAUCCAGCCUGAAGCUCUGGCUUCGCAUGGACGACACCAAGAAGCUCCACGGAAAGUACAAGGACAACAACGCCAUCGAGUUCCUGUUUGAGCUUUACAAAGACGUGCCCGAGGAGGUGGCACAGGAGAUGGUGAUUCUGGGGUUUGUAUGCGAGGUGGACUACAAGCUGGUGGCCAAGGCCAUGCGAGACCGUGUGACGGCCAUCAAGCGCCAGCGGGAAAAACAUCGCCGGCUAGCAGAGGAGCAGCAGAAGAAGAAGAAGAAGGAGGAGAUUAUUGAGGAAGAGCCUGAGCUGUCAUCGCCCAAACCCACCAUUCAAAUGUCCGAAAACCCCGCCCCCUUUCCUGUGCAGGCCCCGCCCACUCCUGGAAUCCCUGAACCUGUCAGUGGCUCAUCAGAUUCUGGGAUUAUCGGGAGCUUCCCACCAGAGCCAGAGGAACCGGAGGCCGAUCAACACUUCCACAUCCACCAUACAAGCUGCUCCUCAACAACCUCUGACUGCGAGACUGAUGGAGAUCUCAGCCCCUCUGGUUUACAGGAUGGUCCCGAGGCUUCAAAUGUCAACAUCAGCUGCUCUCCACAGGCCACGCCCACAGAGGCCACGCCCAUCACCACUCCACCAAUCCCAGCUCUCCGUUUCCCCUCAAGCAUUGCCGUGUCGACUAAAACAGAGAGAGGACCUCCUAGCCCUUUCUCCUCACCUGUGGACAGUUAUGCUUCAGAUGUGACCUCAGGCUUGAGCGAUGGCUACGAGGGACAAUCAGAGAGGGGGAGCAAGUCAGCGCCCCGACGGACAGCAGGGAAACUGUUUAGGCGGAGAACGCGGUCCCGCCUGCGGAUUACAGGGCUGUCUGAUAAAGUAGAUCGGGUGGUUGAGUGUCAGCUACAGACGCAUAACGAUAAGAUGGUCACCUUCAAAUUUGACCUGGAUGGCGACAACCCUGAGGACAUCGCUGCGGUGAUGGUGCAUAAUGAGUUCAUCCUGCCCUCAGAGAAGGAAGGUUUCAUUCACCGCAUCGGUGACAUCAUUAAGCGAGCAGAGUCUAUGCUGAAGGACUCAUCUGGUCAACAUGAAACCUACGGAGCCGCCCGUCCCUCUUAUCUUAAUGCCGUCAACUCACUGUCUGGUUCUCAGCCAAGCCUCCACAGUCUGGCACGAGCUCAUUCCUCUUCCUCUCUACCAGCGGAGUUUGGUCUGGGCGCCGGGGCGAGAGCCUCUCCUCUGGGAGUCGGUGGAGACAUUACCUCAUCCACACGUCCACUCUUACGCUCACAGUCUUUCCAUAAUGGCCCAGGUUCUCAUCCUCAUCACGUUCCAUCAGCCUCAGCCUACCCUUCUGAUCCCAGAAUGCCUCAUUCCAACCUACCUCACGUUCAGCAGUAUAUGCCCUCGUACAUGAACAACCCCACCCACUUCCCCUUCCCGUACCCGCCUCACCCAGGCUCCCCCAAACCCAGCCACACUCCUCUGUCCCGUAUGCACAGCAGUGCGUCAUACUCCCUCUCGUCCACUGCAUCCAGCCCGGGCUCCCCCAGCCCACACACCUCAGACGUCUCAAGUCCCGUUUCCGACGUCAACCUUUUGUCUCCGGCUCACGCACAGGCCAUGUGGCCACCUCACAGUCAGCCUCUGUUUUCCCUGGCUAAUGUGCUGUCUAUGGCAAUGAGCAUGGCACAUUCCUUCAUGCCCUCACCGAACAUGGUUCAGGCCAUGCCGGGUUUCCAGCCUGGUUAUCCCACGAUGUAUGCGCCCCAGUAUCCUCAAUCUCCAGGGAUGGCCGAGUAUUACCAGAACAUGGAAUCUCAGUUUCGAGACAGUGUGAUGUCGCCACCUUCCCAAACGUUUCCAACAUCUACUUCACCCAGUGGUGUUUCCAUGUCCGCCCAGCAGACAGCGUUUCAAGAGGGAAUGCUGUAUGCACAGGAAUCCUCUAAGGAAUAUCCUCACGGACACAGACCCGCUUUCCCCAGGCACUUACUAGAGCAGCGGAGCAGCCCCGGGUCUUCAUCUGGACUGUCGUCUUCCCCACGAGCGAGCCCAGAUAGCAGAGUGUCGUCAUCCAGUCCCAGAUCAUUGUCUCCUCUGGUCUCAGGAGAGAGUAGCAGAACUUCACUGUGCCAAGAAAUCUCUUUACCAUCUGAGCCGAAGUCGACUGUGACUGUGGGCCGCUUUCAAGUGUCCCCCAGUAAAGAGAUUCCUGCUCCCGCCAGACACACAGAGACUCAAACUCCAGCCAGUGAACCUCCUCCACCUGUCGUCCCUCGGGAUCAGCCUGCGUGCUCGUUUCUAGCUCCAAAUCCAGCGAAAAACCUGUCCGUUCCUCCUUCCUGUGAGGCUCGGCGUGAUUUGAGUCCUGCCGGCCAGCCUGAGACGGGGAGAAAUGGAAAAGGGGGACAGAUUGAUGAGCAAGAGGAGGAUAAUGAUGAUGAUGAUCGUGAUAAGAAGCACAUGAGGAAGAAGGGGCGCAGGGUGGAUUGUGGGCCGGGUCUGAUGGGAACGUCGGUGGACAGUGGUUUUUCGGUGGCUCUGGACACAGGCGGGAGAGCGUGGGAUGGAAACACGACCAGUCCUCCGUAUGCCACUCCUCUCCACAACCUGUGGAUGAGCUACACGCGAAGCUCCUCCUACCUGAGCAGCGACGAAUCAGAGAGCGAGGAUGAAGAGAUGUGGGGGGAGCUACAGGAGCUGAGGGAGAAGCAUCUGUGUGAGGUUCAGUCUCUCCAGGCACUGCAGAAGCGAGAGAUAGAGGAGCUGUACUGUAAGAUGGGGAAGAUUCCUCCUCCCUGUAUAGUGUCUCCAGCAGUCAUGCUCUCCAGCCGCCAGCGCCGCAUGUCUAAAGGAGGAAACUUCCCAUCGUCCCGGAGAAACAGCCUCCAGAGACUCGACAUUCUGCCUUUAGCAGGGAUCAUGAGGAAGAGCUCCCUGAGCGGCAACAGUAGCAGCAGUUCCCAGGAGGAUUCCCGGCCGGCUAAAGGAGUGACGUUCGCUGCUGAUUUCACUAGAAUGUGAGAAUCCUGGUACAUUGGCGGCACUAUAUCCGACUACCUCAUCCAUCUGUGACUGACAUGAGGGAUGUUUCUAGUGCAUUGCACUAACCGGUCCGCUCAUCUCUGUGAAGAGCCGAGGGUUUGGCGGGACUCUGCUGUGCGUCUCUCUGAAGGCUCAGCACUGAUGAUGAUUCCUAACUCUCUCUUUUGCACUUUUCUGAAACCUGCUGAACGGGCAAACAUCUGAGUCAACAGAUGCCCUGCUGUUUCUGUUCUGCUGCUUGUGUUCGCGCUGUAGAAACACCAGAUCAUCACGCAAGAAUCGCAGCAGUCUCCGUGAACUCAGUAGAUCCGGUCCAGAGAUAUUUCUGCUAUCCCCUGAUAGGGUCUGCUUUAUGAUAAUAGUUUAAAUGUGAAUAAAAAUAAAUCAAAACCGAUUGAGGGUGGGUGGGCUAAAUAUAUAUUUUUCCAUUGGUUGUUCCAGCUUUGAGAUGCUCGUCUAUUGGGAUGCAGAACGUCUUUACCUUGAAGUUUUUGUACAUUUACUUAUAUAUUUGACUUUUACCAGUCUGAGUAUGACUGACUUAAUAAUUGCACCAAAAAUCAAAGCAAGUGUCAGCCAUAAAGUGUAAAUGAUAUGCACACUGCACUUUGGCUUAAGUUUCAGUCCCAUCUAGGACUGUACAAUAGAGUCAUGAAUAAAUGAUUGAUUUUUGAUGUUUACAAAGAACAGUCAAUAAAAGUGCAUUCAUUAUCUUCAUUGUAAUAUUAACAGUUUGUUCAGAUUUUUCACAUUGAGCCCAAAGUUUCUACAUUUAUGCUUUCUGUAGUCUUAGCGUUUAAACAUUAUGUACAAUAUUUGGUUGUUUUUUGUCUAACUUAUGAGACACAUCUACUUGCAUGAUGUAAAGAGGAAUUCUGAAUAUAAACGUUCAGGAAUAGCUAAUUUUAUGAUGUAUAAAUAUAAACACUUAGUUUCAUACUUUCGGGUGGAUUUCUGUCAUUAUUGUAUUGCACUUUUUCAGUUUCAAACACAUGCCCGCAAAAUAUUUAAUAUGACAACCCAAGAACAUCCAUUCAUGGCUCAUUCAAAACUGUGAAAAAUCAUAUGAAUGCCUUUAUAUGUGCUUCAAAAUCAGCAAAUCAGUGACAGACACAAACACAGACAAUGUGUUUUAGAUUGAGAUAAAUGUGACUUCAUGCUCUGUUAUAUAGAUCGCUUCAAUGUGCAAUGCAACUCUGCCAUGCUGUGCCUUCUCUAUCUUAUGAUGAUGAUUAUUAUAUUCUAAAUCAUAUUUGUACAUUUAAAGUCAAUAAAUAGCUAUAAAAA